AUGAGCCCUCCUGGCCGCAAUGCGCCGCUGUCUCCUAUAUCUGUAGGUGGAAGCGAGUGGUCACCAUCAAAAUACUCUUCUCGCGAGGAAGGCGGUCCUUAUCCCAACGGUCGUGGUUACUUGUUAUCUCCCCCAAACUCGGGAGGUGGCUCCAUCGGAACCAUGAGUAUGAAUGGCUUCCCUUCGGCGCCCCGAAGUACAGGAGGUCCCUCACCGCCGCCAUCGGUUGGACGAUCGAGCACUGGCACGAAUCUCUUUGGAGGUAGCGAUGGAGGUGGCAAUAGUACGCGAGGCGGCGACCUGGAUGAAUCCGUCCUGAGCGAACAUUACAUGGCCUUGAGGGCCUUUCUGAAUGCCAGGGACAACAAUGCGAGACAACAACCCAACAAGGCACGCGACAAACUCUUACGCCUCUCCUCAGUUCAAUUUUUCGAACUCAGCACAGAUGUGUUCGACGAAUUGAUGCGUCGGCAAGCAAUGGCUAGGGCUGGUGGUCCUAAUGCGCCAAACGGUCCUCCGCAGUUCCUUUUGCCAGAAAAGACAUUCCACCCCAAGAGAAAUCAGGCUCGCCAGCGUCUCUCCUCGUUGGGCCCUCCGAGGUUUCGGGACCUUGCCGCCGACGUAUAUCAUGAGUUGGAGCGACGGUUCCCUUCCUUUGUCGCGCGAGAUAUCCCUCGAGGCGGCAGCUCCAUGUCGAUGCGCGGCGGGCCAAUGAGCCGAACCGGAGCCCCUGCCAAUGGGAUGUUUCCUCCUAGAGGCCAGAGUCGCAUGCGAAGGCCGUCAGACGCCAGCUCAAUUCGUGGACCGCCGUCUGCUCCAGACCUUUAUGGCAUCCCUCCGUCACCCAACUUGGCCGGCGGCGAAUAUGGACGGCCGACGCCGAAACAACUUAAUCAAAACAACACAAUUGUUCCCAACAAAAGCACCAUGUUGGAGGAAGAUGACGAAAGAGCGUCAACUUCAGAGGCGGAUAAGAAGCUUAUGGAGGACUACCAGACGCAAAUAAGGGAACUUCAGGAUAAAUUAGCUGACAUGGAGGAUGCCAUAAAGAAGAAAGAAGAUGAGAUGAAUAUCGCGCUAGACGGCGAACGCUCACGAGCUACGGCGACGCACUUGGAAAAGAAGGAGUGGGUAGAUCUCAGGCUCCAUCUUGAGAACAAGCUUGUCGAGGCCCAGGACCUGAACAAGUCAAUGAAGGACGAAUUGGACCGCAUGCGAGCCGAACAAGAAGAGGAGGCGUCUUCUGACUCAGUCUCCGCCCUGCAGCGAGAAAACGACGAACUGCGAGCGUUGUUGCGGCAGCAGGAGCAAGUCACCGAGCAAGUCCGCCGAGAAGCACACGACUUUCUCCAAGAGAUGAGAGUUCUUUCACAGCAAAGCGCUGCAACAUAUGACAAACAACUCGAAUUGGAAAAGGCAAACGAGGAAUUAGAACGCGAUGUGCGACACUGGAGAAAUCGCUAUGCUCGCUCCAAGACGAUGCAGGGCGGAAUGCGGGCUUCGACGCAAGGCCUGUCUCUGGAACACGAUGUUGGCAAACACGUACGGCACAAGGAAUUCAUUGCUGAAAAUGGUGUCAUCAAAGACGUCCUUGUUACCCAAUUCCAAAUCUCAAUCGACGAGCUGCUCCAAGCCGCACACAAUGACACUGCCGAGAAAGCUCUUGAGUCGAUGAACAGGGUUGUAGUCAGCGUGCGUCAAAUUACGAAAGCCUUGGACAAGUCCACGCCCCAUGACGACGACGUGCAGCGGCAGGGAAAGCUGAGGUCAAGAGUUGCAGCCACAGCCAACGCUUUGAUAACUGCCUGCAGAAACUUCGAGGCUGGAGCAGGACUGUCUCCAGUGUCCCUGUUGGACGCCUCUGCGUCUAACCUCACUGCGGCCGUUGUUGAGCUCCUUCGCCUCGUCAAGAUAAGAUGGACAUCUCCUGACGAGCUUGAGGAGGACGACGACGGGACUGUCACCCCCGUCGACUCUGGUAGUUUCUUCUCACCGCCACCAAGCACUAUGCAGACUUCGAACCAGAAGCAGCUACCGCCACCGCCACCUUUCCAGGGCCUUGGUGGUGUAGGAGCUCGGGCAAGUGCUGAAUCAUCAGCAUAUAGCCCGAUCAGCUCCCCGAGGGAGUCGGUUGAGCCAUUUCCUGUGAACGGAUUGAACGGCAUGGCAAAUGGUGGAGGUUACCUUGGGCUCGACGCGGGUCCCAAUGGAUAUCACGACAGUCGAGCCGAUGAUGUGCAGGUGCACUCGUACAACACAUAUGGUGGUUUGUGA